CUGUCUGCUGGUAACUAUAGCAACAAGGCAAAAAGCUAGACCGCUAGUUAGCAAGCCUCUGCAACUAUCCUUACCUCAUUUAUCCCCCAGUCGGUUCACAAAAUAUUAAAAUACCAUGCUGAAAAUGCAGUAACGGCGCGUAGAUGAAAAUAUGACUUAUGCCGACGAACAGUAUUCGAUGUGUGUGUGAAGCUUGGGGCUGUUUAUAUCGAACUAGCCAACUUGCUAUCUUAUUCCCAUAUUUACCGCAGUGUUACUGUGAUCCAUGAUGGGCAAAGAUGUGGAGGACGUCUCCGCGUCUCUAGUGCGGGAAUAUCUCAGUCGAAAGGGCCUGAAGAAAACCAUAGCUUGCAUGGAUGAAGAGCUUCCACGAACUAAUUCAAGCAUUAAUAACAGAUCAGAUCUACGCAAAAUACUUCACCUUGAAGGCCUUUACAAAAAGAACAAGGCUGAAGAACAUCCCUUGAAGUCAAUGUUGGAGAUGAUCGUGAAGGACAGAAUGAGUGAAGGUGGUAAAACCAAAACACGCCGACAUAGUGACAAUCAAGCACAUCCAUUGGAACAAACCACAUUCAGUUCUUCCACAGACAUGACUGGAAAUGUUAAGAUUGAGGAAGAUUGUAUGGAAAAUCUGUUGUGCGACAGUCCAAGGUUAUCUGAAAGCAGUUUGUCACAAGUUAUUGUGCCUCCCCAAACGCCUUCUGAAAAGCAGCGCAAGAACUUUGCUGUUCACCCUGAGGGCGAGAGAAGUAUGUACUGUUCGUCGUACAGCCAGGACAGUCUCUUAACAGUGUCGAAUGAGGGAUUUCCUUCUGAGAAAAAGGUUGUAGACACUGACAGCCCGAAGAGUAGAAGCAGCAAGAUAAGACGGGGCAUUAUGGCGGGUCCCAUUGCCAGCUCCUCACAGGAAAGUAACAGGAGACGUCCAGCUCGAAAGUCACCGUCAUCUGUUACAGCAACAACGGGGGAUUGUAUAGAAGCAGCAAACUGGACAAAUGAUGUUGAUACUAUAAAUAAGUCUAUCCCAUCAGCCCCUAUUGAACGAGAGAGCAGCAUGUUAUCUAAUGUACAUACAGGAAUCAUAGACCGUAGUGGACAUGAGAGGACGUCAGUCGUCAGACAUCGCUUAAAGAAUCCGGCACCCAGCCCAAAACUGGAUGGACUCCAUGUGUUGGAAAUGGUUUUGGAUGACAUAGAGAAUGAGGAAAGCUUGUGUGAUGUUUCUAGAACAUCCAUGCCAGAACUUAGUUUGGACAAGACUCCCAUGGACCAGAAGACUGCCACUGCUCUGAAGGAGCUCAUCUUCGGUUCUUCUAUGGCUUGUUUCACUGAGGAGUGGAAACGACAGAAUUUUACCUUUUCAGAUACUCCUGGUUUGAAGUAUGGGAUUGUACAAAAGAAGGGAGGACCCUGUGGUGUCCUUGCAGCAGUUCAGGCUUGUGUUCUACAGAAGAUUUUGUUUGAAGAAUCAAGCGAUGACUCACUGGAUGAGAGACUGGAGGUAUCAGACAUUACAAGGACAAAAUGUCUGUCUCAGGCUUUGGCUGACAUACUGUGGAGAGCUGGGAAUAUGAAGAGAGCCACAGUUGCAAUAAACACAGGAAGAAGUCUGUUCACCCCAGUCGGACGCUACAAAUCAGAUGGUGUUCUAGAAAUGGUAACAUACGUCACUGUGGAGACCUUAGAUGAUCUCACUUUAGUUCUUGAGCAGCAUGUUAGACAGUUUGAGUUUGGUCCCUUUGGCUGUGUCCUGCUUACUGUCUCUGCUAUCCUUUCCAGAACUAUUGCAACUAUACAAAGUGAUAUGGAUGUGCCAUCUUCCACCCUCAUUGGAGCUCACGGCUACUGCACACAGGAAUUGGUAAAUCUUUUGCUUUGUGGACGGGCAGUUUCAAACGUCUUUGAAGAUGAAAUGAAGCUUGAUUCCGGAAAUGGAAAUUUUACACUUCUGAAGGGAAUUAAAAUGCAUUGUAACAUUGGGCUGCUGUCUUUAUUUGAGCACUAUAAUAUAUGUAAGGUUGGAUCUCACCUGAAAACUCCCAAGUUUCCAAUUUGGGUAGUGUGCAGUGAGAGCCAUUUCAGCGUGCUCUUCUGCCCCUCUGAAGAUUUGGCAACCGAUCACUCCAGAGAGGAAGAGUUUGACUUGUACUAUUACGAUGGGCUGGCCAACCAGCAGGAACCAAUUAGAUUAACAGUCUAUCCACAUUCUGCUGCUGGUGCUGCUCAGAAUGACAACGCAGACAGUGAUCUCAUUCCUCCGCUCGAGCUCUGCAUCAGGACCAAAUGGCGAAAGGCAGUGGUCAGCUGGAAUAAUACAGAUCCCAUUCUUUGAUAAUGCACGUAAAGGAGAUCCAUCAGGCUCUAAAUUUCAGUUAGGUUUUAUAUUUAAAAAUACAUGCAUUUAGUGAUUUUAUGAUUACUGCCAUUCUCUGUAUUUAGAGUAUUUUCAUCAUUCUGCCGCCCAUUGUUUGCAAUCACUUUGUCUCUCAUAGUGUCACACUGACAGUAUGGCAUUAGGAACUGUCAUGCUUUGACAGAACUUUUUUUUACUUUAUUCAAAUCAUGAUUAAAUUAAUUAUCAGAGAGAAUAUGACUUGUUCAUAUGCAUUGUUCAGUCCCUACUAUUUAAAUAGUUCACUGAAAAAUUAAAGUUCUGUCAUUGUUUGCUCACCCUCAUAGCGUUCAAAACCUGUAUGACUUUUUCUUCUGAGGAACACAAAAGAAGACAUUUGAAGAAUGUUUGUAACCAAACUGAUGAUAAAUUAUGGACAAAAAACAGAAAUAUCUUCUUUUAUGUUCCACUGAAAAAAUUCACAGUUUUGGGAUUACAUAAGUGUGAGUCAAUUUUCAGUUUUUGGGGAACUAUCCCUUUAACUGUAUGCAAGAAGGAGAUUCUAAAGAGAAUAUUUUGUGCAAAGAAUGCUUUUGUUGCAGUCUGUUCUAAAAUGAGGGACCCUUGCAUGGUGCAGAUGCUUUAGCUCACUAAAAUGUCACAAGAAAUGCAAAUAUUAAAUCUUCUUUGAACUGGA